AUGUUCGGUGCACUUAACCGUUUCAUAGGCCGCCUGGAUGGCGAGCCAGCUCAGCAGUCUCGAAACGGCCCCAGCGACAACGCAUUUGGGUUUCAGGUACUCCGCAACAAAGACAAAGAGGUACCCUUGGAGCCGUGGUUCGAUUUUAUUGUGGGAAUCAAUGGACAUGCAAUUGAGGACCCAGAUCCAAACCUCUUUGCGACAGAGGUUCGCAAUUGCGCCGGUUCGAGCCUAACCCUGGAAGUCUGGAGCGCUAAGGGUCAACGGACACACACGGUAACUGUUCCAGUACCAGCAACGAACCCCUCCCUCGGUGUUGCGCUGCAGCUCGCUCCUCUCAACUCCACGCAGAAUAUCUGGCAUGUCCUCGGAAUCCCUUCACCACUCAGCCCUGCCUACCGGGCAGGACUUCUUCCUCAUUCAGACUACAUUAUCGGAACUCCGAGUGGGACAUUACGAGGGGAGUCGGCCCUGGGAGAGCUGGUGGAAGACCAUCUCAACCGCACACUGGUUUUAUGGGUAUACAACAGCGAAUUCGAUGUAAUUCGGGAAGUGGAGCUGGUCCCAACACGCGGCUGGGGUGGGGAGGGUGCUGUUGGCGCUGAAUUGGGAUUUGGGGCUUUGCACCGACUACCGGUUGGGCUGGGUGAAGAGGUGGAAGGGCCUGGAGAGGUCGUAUUUGAGACACGAGAAGAUGGCACUGCUGCAGCCGUUCCAGAGGCUGCCGGCAUCGGACUAGAGGCUGGAGCUUCUGGGAACUUCUUGACACCAGCAAACAUGGCAUCACCUCCCCCUCUUGCUUCCCAGACACGAGUGACUUCGCCACCGCAAGCACGAUCAUCCUCGAGUCGCCGCAGCAAACCCCGGCCUGCUGUUUCACCAUCCAGAGCAUUUGAUGAUUAUUUCGCCGAGGGUGAGCAGAAGAGUCGCGAGCAAGACUAUGCACCGUCUCGCAAGGGAACACCUCUCCCACCGCCGCCGAAAGCCGGUGUUUCUCCAGAUUCUGGAGCUCCAGGGCCGUCAUCGACCGAGGAAGUGGAAGGAGAACCAGGACCCACGCAAGAAGAAUAA